AUGGAGUCUCAAGUAUUUUCAGAUAAAAUAUCAUCAUCUUCUUUAUCAGAAGAAGAUAAAAUAUUGAUUCUCCAAAACAAUUUUAUACCACUGGGAUUAUUUACAAAAUUAUUGCGUUUUUUAAGACUUCUUUUGAAAUUCAAUCAAUUCAAAGACAAUGAAGGACUUGUUCAAUCAACAGAAAGUGUACGUGUAUUCUGUACACAUGUUUCAGUAUCGAACAUUGAAAUUACUCGUCUUCAUAAAGUCGUUGAGCCGUCAGAAUUCAGCGACUCGGAAUUAGAAAAGGAAAUUGAAAAGGAAGAAAGAGCUGUUGCAAGUGCACAAAAGAGUUUCAAAAAUAAACCACUCCCUUCUCUUCCUGAUGUAAUAAAAAGAAUGGAACAAAGGAAACUACCUGCUGUUCCUGUUCAACCAAGUGGUUCACCGAUAUCAUCACCUGAAAUCCAAAGAAGACAACUUCCCUUGCUUCCCAGUGAAUUAUCUCCACACAAAAGACAAGGAAAAACAACCAAAAGUGAAAGUGAAGAUCAAAACAUUGGAUUUGUCGAAAAUAAACAUUUGGUAUUACCAGAAACUUCUUCGAUUCCAAGUGAAGAAGCAUCAGUUAGGAAAAAGAAAUCUUCAUUUAAAAGAGGUAGAACACCAUUAAGAGAAAGACCACUUCCACCACUUCCACUAACAGAUAGAAAACAAAGAUCACCAACUGGAGUAAGAAAUGAUUAUGAAAAUCUUGAUAGUGAUGGUGAUAAAGAAACCCAAUACUCUGCUGUUAAAACAAAAACACAAGAAAGGGACAGAAGUCCAAGUCCGCAACCUGCGAGUGAAACUUCAGAUAAUUCUUCGCCUGAAAGAAAAAGCUCGGGAACGGAUUCUGAAGCUUCUCUCAAAAUUUAUACAAUUCAAAAACCACAAGAAAAGGAAAAGGAACAAACAACUGGUGUUUCUCAAACUCCAAGUCAAACACCAACUGAAAGUACUGAUGAAAGAGAUAUUCAAAGAUCUCCCCAAAGAUCAAGAAGCCCAAGCACGGAAAGAAAGUAA